UUUUUUUUUAUUUAUUAAAUAAAUACAAAAAUCCAUAACUAUAGUGAGUUCACACGCACACGCACAGGAGUGAGUUCACAGUUUGAGAAGAAGCUUCUCACACAAUAUUCUGUAACAAUGGUGAAACCAAUAUUUCUAACACACCAUAUCCGUUUCAUAACAACCUCUUCUUCUUCUAGAUUCUUCCAUCCAUUGUCCAUCUCUAAAUCACCACUCCGAUUCCUCUCCACAACCCCAUACCCACUCCAAUACGAACUUAUCAUUAACCGCCCCGACCUCCCUAAACCCAACCCUCACCGUCGAACCCAAAAACCCAACGCUUCACCCGAACCAACCCAACCCGACUCUCUCCAAAGCUGGGCCGACGAUAAACUAACAACAACCGAACCCGGUUCAUCUGAACUUGAUAAAGCCAAGAGGAAAUACUAUAACAAAAGGAGGAAGAGAAUGUAUGGUUCUGAUUCCGAUUCCGAUGAUCAUCGGAGAAAUGAAGAACAAUUUGUUGAAUUGAAACCUGAAGUUGUUGAGUUAAGAACUUUGCAUAGAAGAGAAGAAGAAUUGUAUUUUUAUGAUGCUUUUAGUUAUCCUUGGGAGAAAAAUAAACAUUAUAAAAUGGUUUAUCAAUUGGAGAAAAAGUUUUUUCCUCAUCAGUGUUUGGAUAAAGCUUUUCUUAAACCAGGUCAAUCUAAUCCGGUUUCCAAUUUUUCAAAUUCCAAAAAUUCAAAUGCAAAUGUUAGGAACAAAAAAGUUGGUGUUUUUGGUGGUGUUGGUGGUGUUGUGGAGGAUAAAGAUGAGGUUGGUGAUAACAAGUUGGUGUUUUUUGAGGAGAAUGUGAAAGGGGAAGAAGAAAGAGAAAAGGAAAAGGAAAAGGGUAAGAAGGGUGAGAAGAAGGUCGAAGAGUUUUUUAAGGGUUUGAAGAAAGAUGUUGAAAUUGUAGAGCCAUUUUUUUCUUCAAGGAGGACUGGUCUUCCUCCUGUUUGGGAUAGUCAACAUGGGACAGUGCUUUUGAUUAACAAACCUAAAGGUUGGACUUCAUUCACAGUUUGUGGAAAGCUUCGCCGCCUUGUCAAAGUGAAAAAGGUAGGUCAUGCCGGAACUCUUGACCCAAUGGCUACUGGUUUAUUGAUUGUUUGUGUUGGCAAAUCAACAAAACUGGUGGAUAGAUAUCAAGGGAUGAUUAAGGGUUAUAGUGGGGUUUUCCGCUUAGGGGAGGCUACUUCAACAUGGGAUGCUGAUUCACCAGUCAUUCAGCGUGAGCCAUGGGAGCACAUCAAAGAUGAGGACAUAAAGAAAAGUGCCUUGUCCUUUUGUGGGGAGAUUUGGCAAGUUCCUCCCAUGUUUUCUGCUAUUAAAGUUGGAGGUGAAAAGAUGUACGACAAAGCAAGGAGAGGAGAAAGCAUUGAACUUUCGCCUAGACGAAUUUCAGUUUUCCAAUUUGACAUAGAGCGUAGCUUGGAUGACAGGCAAAAUUUGAUUUUUAGAGUGACUUGUUCUAAAGGAACAUAUAUUCGGUCACUCUGUGCAGAUUUCGGAAAGGCUCUUGGCAGCUGUGCCCAUUUAACUGCUCUCCGAAGAGAUUCAAUUGGACAAUAUUUAGCAGAUGAUGCAUGGGACUUUCAAGAACUGGAAGAGGCUAUCACCAAAACUUAUCUUUAACUUCUCUGCUUCUCCCUCCCUCAACAUGCAAUUUUCUUUUGAACAAAACGUAAGUGCUUUUUGUGUUAUUCUUAACUAAAAAUAUUAAUAACUACUAUGAUUGAUUUCCUUAAAUCUGUAAUUUUCUCAUAGUUCAUCUUCAUUGUAACCACACAAAAAGUGUAUUUUAGGUCAACAACAACGCGAAAAGCACCUAUGAAAUGUCAUUUUAUUUUUGGUAAACAUGUUUAUGAACCAAUUUUUAAGCAUAUUAUCGCACUUUUUGGGAUGUUUUACUUUUCAGAAUUCAUUUCUAAGUUCUAACUUGGUAUGUAAAAUUGAGGUAAAGGGUCUGUAAUAUUUACUCAUGCAUUAUUUAUUUAUAUUAAGGGUGCCUUUGUUUCCAGGA